GUUGGUAUCGCACGGCUAUGGUUGAAAUAUCUUGUGCGGUUUGAGGGUUUGAAAAAGAGUGAAACUUAUCGUGAAUCCAAAUUUGAGAGAAAAGAUGCCGUGUAAUUGUCCCGCUUCUCAACCUGGCCCUACGCUGGCGUCCACCUGUGGCGGUGCCCCCUUCAUGCUAUUCAUGGGUCUACUUGAGGUAUUCCUGAGAUCCCAGUGCGACUUGGAAGAUCCGUGCGGUCGUCCGAAAAAGAUCCACGUACUGCCCGAGUACGACUUCAUAGUGGUCGGUUCGGGUUCGGCCGGAUCGGUCGUGGCAAGUCGACUGUCCGAGAUACCGGAGUGGAACGUUCUUCUGAUUGAAGCCGGUUUGGACGAGCCCACCGGUACCCAGAUACCGUCGAUGUUUUUAAAUUUCAUCGGAUCUGAGAUCGACUGGGGCUAUCAAACUGAACCGGAGACGGACGCCUGCCUCGCCGAAACUGAGCAGAGAUGCUACUGGCCAAGGGGGAAGGUUAUCGGAGGAACGUCCGUAAUUAAUGGGAUGAUGUACAUACGUGGAUCCCAUCAAGACUUUGAUACCUGGGAAAAUCUUGGGAACAAGGGUUGGAACUACAACGAGGUACUCCCAUACUUUCUGAAGAGUGAGGAUAAUAAACAGAUGGAUACGAUGGAUCAAGGGUAUCACUCGUCCGGUGGGUUACUGAGUGUGUCGCAGUUUCCCUACCAUCCACCCCUUUCAAGUGCUUUUCUCAAGGCCGGAGAGGAACUAGGUUAUCCUACGCGAGAUCUAAAUGGCAAUCAUCACGCUGGUUUUUCAAUCGCGCAAACAAACAACCGUAACGGUUCGAGAGUAAGUACGGCUAGAGCCUUUCUAAGACCUUUUGUUAAUCGAAGCAAUUUACACAUAUUAAUGAAUUCUACCGUCACUCGUAUUCUUAUAAAUUCUUCCACCAAAUCCGCUUAUGGCGUUGAAGUUAUUAACAAUGGUAAGAAGCAAGUGGUCUACGUUAGUAAGGAGGUGAUUGUAUCGGGAGGUGCAAUAAAUUCACCUCAACUAUUAUUGCUGUCUGGAGUCGGUCCAAAAGAACAUUUGCAAAAUGUAGGAAUCAAUACGGUCCAUGACCUACCGGGAGUGGGCGAGAAUCUUCACAACCACGUAGCUUACUUUGUCAACUUCAACAUCAACGACACAAACACGGCACCAUUAAAUUGGGCAACUGCAAUGGAAUAUCUUCUGUUCAGAGAUGGCUUGAUGAGUGGCACCGGUGUGUCGGAGGUCACGGGUUUAAUCAACUCCAAAUUCGCGGAUGCAAGCGGCGAACAUCCCGACAUCCAACUCUUUUUUGGAGGAUUUCUAGCGAACUGUGCGCGUACCGGUCAAGUUGGUGAACGUCUAGAUAACUCGACGAGAAGCAUCCAGAUCGUCCCCACAAUCUUACAUCCCAAAAGUCGCGGGGUUUUGAGACUGAAAGAUAAAAACCCAUUAAGUCAUCCUUUAAUCUACGCCCGCUAUUAUACGCAUCCUGACGACAUUAAAGUGAUGAUAGAGGGAAUCAAAUUUGCAAUUAAACUGUCCGAGACCAAUGCCCUGAAACGGUACGGUCUUGAAUUGGAUAGGACGCCCGUGGCCGGAUGCGAAAACCGCAACUUCGGGACCGACCAGUACUGGGAAUGCGCGGCGAAACGGCAGACCGGUCCCGAAAAUCACCAGGCCGGAACCAGUAAAAUGGGACCCUCUAAUGACAAAAUGGCGGUGGUCAACAAUCAACUUCAAGUUCACGGCGUUGACCGUCUGAGAGUGAUUGACGCCAGUAUUAUGCCCCAAGUUACCUCUGGCAAUACGAACGCCCCGACGGUUAUGAUCGCCGAAAAGGGAAGCGAUAUGAUUAAGGCGAGAUGGAUAACGCCGCAGGCCGGAUUCUUUUAUACCGGAUUUCCUCGUCAAAGGAUCGACAGGCAGCGGGGUAGUUGGUAGUUGGAAAUUUACUCUUACAUUUUAUAGUUUUUUUUUAAUAAAUUGGGCCCUAUUUAUUGUAGAUGGUAGGUAGAUCCACAAUAAAAACUUUUUGUGUGG